CAGUUAUUUGGCAUCCUUUCUCGGAGAGUCUUGUGACUGAUGGCUGAGGCUCUGCACAUUGCCGAAAGCCUUGCACGAGAUGGAGAAUUGGAUGAAGCAGCAGCCGUGAUUCGGAAGGAGUGCCGUGAAGCUGGACCUUCCGAGCUUGCUGCAGUGCGCCAUUUGGUCAUCGAAGGAUACAUUCGGAAGGAUCGCUGCGAAGCGGCUUGCUGCUUUGCACUUGAGGAGAUCAAGGAGAGGACAAGCGCAGAAGGGCUGAGAUCGGAGUCCCUGGAGCUUCUUCUCCAUGCUCUCCACCAAGGGCAGCUGUACAGCCGGGCCGUCGAGCUCCUGCAGAGCAUGUGUCAGCCAGGUGUCAGAGCGCCUUCGGACCAGGUCUUUAACUCGAUGCUGGAUGCCACCGUCCGCACCAGAUCUUGGAGCGAAGCUUGGGAGGUACUCGAUUUGCUGCUGAAAUGCGGGCGAAAGGCGGACAAAUAUUUUGUGUCCAUUCUGACCAAAAGCUUGGAGUCCUCCAAUGACAGACGGUGGGUGCGAAGGGGGAUCAGCUUGGUAGAGAAGUUCAUCGAGCAGCAGCGAGAAGAUGUGGAUGAGAUUGUCUUCAACUCGCUGUUGAAUGUCUUGGGGCAGAACGGUGACAUGGCCAAGCUGCAGCAAACCUUGAACAAGAUGAACGAGUAUGCGGUGGCUCCAUCCGCUGUGACGUAUGGAACGGUUGUCAAGGCUUAUGGGCGUGCUCGUGACACGGAGUCAGUUCUCCGAGUUUGGAACCAGAUGCGCAAUCGGUGCUUGGGCAUCAACCCAGUCACUUGUGGUUGUGUGUUGGAUGCUUGCGUCAAAUGCAACAGCUUGGACAAGGCCAUGGCAAUAUUUGAGGAGAUGCGACUGCAGGGCAUGCAUAAGAACACCGUUCUGUAUGCAACCCUGAUUAAGGGUUUGGCCAAGAUCCGGGACUUGCCGACGGCCAUGCAGCUGUACCGUGAUAUGAGGGUCGAGGGAGUGCCAUGCAACUUGGUGACCUUCAACUCCCUCAUGGACGUUUGUGUCCGAUGCGGCGAUCUGCAGACCGCUGCGGUCUUCCUUCAGGAUAUGAUGCAGAUGCAGAUCGAGCCCGAUCUCAUCACCUUCAGCACGCUCAUCAAAGGCUACAGCCGCAUCGGAGAAGUGCACAAAGCCCUCGCUCUGUCAAGGGAGCUAAAAGCAAGAGGCCUCAAAUGCGACGAGAUCAUGUACAACGGCUUGAUUGACGGAUGCGCCAAAGCGAGAAGGCUGCAGGAUGGCUUGGAUGUGUUUGAGGACAUGCUGCGGUCUCGCGUGCAACCAUCACACAUCACCUUCUCAAUCCUCGUGAAACUCUACUUUGAGGCGGGGCAAGUUGAGGAAGCAUUUCGCUUGGUCGAGGAAAUGCAGCCGAAGUAUCGCUGCUUGCAUUGGCGCACCGUCUAUACCGCCCUGCUGCGAUGCACCUGCCAAACUGGAAGACCAGCGCUGGCCCAUGCAGCUCAGCUUCUGACCGACUUGGCUUCAAGCAAGAACUCCAAGCUGCCAGACCAGGUGAUGGUGUCAUCCCUGCUGACAGCAUGUGUGCAGCAUGGAGAUCUUGAGAGCAUGGCCCGUUUAGUUCGCGAGUUUGCGACUGGAUCUCGACGGAACUGUGCGGUGGGCUUGGACAACUUGAAGCAUUGCUUCGAGGCUUUGGGUGGCGCAAAUGAAGCCCUCGGCCACGAGCUCUUGGAGUACUUGCGGGAACGAUCUUUUCCCAGUGGCCAUGUCGCCAUGCUCGAGGCCUCCUUGGCUGCAGGGAAAGAUCACCCAGGCUGGUCGCAGGUGCGAACAGGAAGCCAUCAAGCCUCGGAUCAGCUCCAAGGAUCAGGCAUGACAGCUCAGUAUUCUGGCCAACAGUAUGCAGUCAGUGAGAUGCAACAGUUUCCUGUGCCGAUGUAUUCUGACAUGUACAGCUGGGACCAGAGCAUGACGAUGUACGCAGCAGGUGAACAUCCCUUCUACGCGCCUCAACAUGAUGCAGCAGCCGCAUGCGCUGCAUUGACUGCCUAUCACCAGCACAUGGCGAGGUACGCUGCAGCAGCUGCCGCAGCUGCAUAUCCUGAGUGCGCUAUCAUGCCUCCCUUCUUGCCUUCACUGGGGGCAGAGGCGCCGGCACGGACAGCGGCAACUGGGGCUUUGACGUACUACUAUUGUGAGGUGCCACAAGUGUCGCCGGCGAUUGAGCCGAUGCCUGCUGCAGACCCGGCAGUGCACAAAGGGAUUGCGCAGGAAGGGAAGCAGGAUGUGCCGACGAAGCCCAGCGCAUCGCCAGCCAAGGCCAUGCCAGCGGCCCUCAGCCCGCUUCCAGCAGGGCCAGUGUCCCCAAGCAGCGCCAGAGAGGUGAGUGAAACACCUGGAGCCAUGCUGAGCGAGAAGGCGGUUGCUGGCAAGGAGAAUGCGCGGAAGAUCAAGGACAAAGCUUACUGGAAAGCAAAGGGAAGGCAGAACAAGGAGAACAUCCAUGGCCUGCGGGAGCGCCAACAGGUGCAUGGGCAUUGCGAUGCCUGAGCUGAAGGCCUACCACUUUUGAGCGCCUGGAAGGUGUGUAGAAUGCACAAGCUUUUGACGGCUCGUUUCGCUAGCAGCCAUUGCGCAGGCGACCGGCAUGCAGAUCGCAAGACAAAGCUGAUGGCAUGCUAGCGCAGAUUCUGUUUAUGCAAUUGCCAUAUUGGAACGUCACUGCCCUUUAAGCUGCCCUGGCAAUGCCGCGUGCGGGCAUUGCUUUUGUGGGUUGGGCAGCCGGAGCAGGUGGCGUUUUUGGCCAGGGCGUUUCUGUUUCACUUCCAUGGGGGCAUGGGAGCAAGCCUGAAAGCCCGGUAAUUCGUGCAUUGUAGGCAGUUGAGUGGCCUGUGGUUUCCACUGAAC